UAUUAAUUAUCCCUAUUUCUCUCCUCUCCAUUCCUCUCCUCUUCCUCCUAUUCUCUUUCUUUCUCUCUCUCUCUCUAGAAUCCUUUUAUCCUUAACAAGGAUUCAAGAGAAGUGAAAGAGGGGAGAUGGGGCAACAAACGUUGAUCUACAGCUUCGUCGCCCGGGGAACGGUGAUCUUGGCAGAAUACACCGAGUUCACCGGUAAUUUCAGUAGCAUUGCCUCGCAAUGCCUUCAAAAAUUACCUGCAUCAAAUAAUAGGUUCACCUACAACUGCGAUGGCCACACUUUCAAUUUCCUCGCCGAGAAUGGAUUCACCUACUGUGUGGUUGCUACUGAAUCAGCAGGCAGGCAAAUUCCCAUAGCCUUCUUGGAACGUAUAAAGGAUGAUUUUAGCAAGAGAUAUGGUGGAGGAAAAGCUACAACAGCUACAGCUAAAAGUCUGAACAAGGAAUUUGGGGCAAAGUUAAAAGAGCACAUGAAGUACUGUGUUGAACAUCCUGAAGAAAUUAACAAGCUUGCUAAGGUGAAAGCUCAAGUUUCAGAAGUUAAGGGAGUGAUGAUGCAAAACAUUGAAAAGGUUCUAGACCGGGGUGAGAAGAUUGAGCUUCUGGUUGAUAAAACAGAGAAUCUUCGGUCACAGGCUCAGGACUUCAGGCAACAGGGGACCAAGAUAAGGAGGAAGUUGUGGUAUGAAAAUAUGAAGAUAAAACUGAUUGUGUUAGGGAUUAUCAUAGCUUUAAUUCUCAUUAUCAUUUUGUCCGUUUGCCCUGGCUUCGACUGCUUUUGAUUUGCCUGAUCAUGCUGUCAGUGUCAAUAUUGUUCCACAUACAAAAUCUACUAAUUAUCAGUCAAUUUAGCACACAAGGAGCUGGAUUGGCCUAAAUUAUGAUUGUAGAUGUAUAUUAAUCAGGAUUAGUUUGUCUUAAUUACUUUUCUUCUUUUGGGAAUUGUCCCAUUGUUUCUACGCUUCUUUGCUCUUUCUCCAAAUGAAAUUUCACAAUUCUGUUGCAAAUAUUUAACAUCUAAGCUUGGUAAUUGUUCA